AUGGUCCCCAGUCGGUCCGUAUCUCGUUCUACCAACGACGAUAGGGACGACAGUGGACACAGAAGUCGUUCCCGUUCAAGUCGGGACGACAGGUCGAGUGCCUCGUCGAGAGACAGUACACGACAUGAGGGCGUUCAUCGCCUUCGUGAUCGUCGGGAGUCCGAUUCUGACGAUAACUACGAUGGGGAUCGUAGUACUUCUACAGUUAGAGUUCGUAGCCCUCGUCCCCACGGGGACAUGCGACGUUUUCGCAGGGAGUUUCUGGGAGUUCAGUGUCGUAGUGAAGAUAAUGACAGAACGACACCCUCGUCUCACUUUCAUAUCGACCCGGCUUUGAUAGCCCAGAUCAUGGCGGCGGUCCUCGCCUCGACGGCGUCGACCAAAAAGGAUUCGACUGCGUCGGGGGUCCAUGGACAGUCAACCAGUACACCAGCUCCUUCAUCUACACCUCCACAAUCGACGUCGACGAUGGAUUGUGACGACAGCCUCUCGGUUGUCCUCGCCUAG